CAGAGCGGCGGCCGGGGGAUGCGCCGGGCACGGCGCGCUGGGGCCGGCGCCGGGAUGCUGCGCCCGCUCCCCUGCAGGCGGCUGGCCCAGGCUGCGCGCUGAGCGCCCCGCUCCCGCCGCCCCCGCGCCCCGGAGCCGGCCGCUGCCCAGCCGGAGGCAUGUCCAGGAAAAAGACCCUCAAGAGCAAGGGGAGCAGCAGCUCCCCGCCCUCCUCCGCGCUGCCCCCCGCCAAGGAGAGCGGCCAAGCCGGCGGCGCGGCGGCCAGAGCCAAGGGGGGCAGCAGCCGCCCCAGCCCGGAGCUGCCCCUCAACGGGGCGGUGCUGCCCAGCCGGCCCUCCCUGAGCAGCAGCGGGGAGUUCUACGACGUGGCCUUCAAGGUGAUGUUGGUUGGUGACUCUGGGGUUGGCAAAACCUGCCUUCUGGUGCGGUUUAAAGAUGGCGCUUUCCUGGCCGGCAGCUUCAUUUCGACAGUCGGAAUUGACUUCCGGAAUAAAGUCUUAAAUGUGGAUGCAGUGAAGGUAAAGCUGCAGAUCUGGGACACCGCAGGGCAGGAGAGGUUCCGCAGCGUCACUCACGCCUAUUACCGAGAUGCCCAUGCUUUGUUACUGCUGUACGAUGUUACAAAUAGAGCAUCGUUUGACAACAUCCAAGCGUGGCUGACCGAGAUCCAUGAAUACGCACAGCAAGAUGUGGUCCUCAUGCUCCUGGGAAAUAAGGUGGAUUCGACCCAGGACAGAGUGGUAAAAAGGGAAGACGGAGAGAAAUUAGCCAAGGAGUACGGAGUGCCCUUCAUGGAGACCAGCGCGAAAAGCGGCUUGAAUGUCGACUUGGCCUUUACGGCCAUCGCAAAGGAGCUGAAACACAGGUCCAUGAAGCUGCCCAAUGAGCCCAAAUUCAAGCUUCAUGACUACGUGAAGAAGGAAGUCAGAGGCUCAGGAUGCUGCAGAUCCUAAAGCGCAGGCUCCAGCAGCCAGGGCAGCUGUAUAGAGACUCAUGCCACAUGUUCGUGUGCCACACUCCCUCCUCGUGGACAGUAUGUGCAUGUGUGUUCAUUGUCUGUGUAUUCUCGUAACGGUGAGCUGAGAUGUGGAGUGAAAGGAGCAGAAGAAAAGGCUCUUUCCUGGCAGCCCCGACGCUGGCUCUGGUGUAGCCACUUCAUUCCAGGCACCGCGGCCCAACACCCCAUUGUAGUAGUAUUCCUUAAGUACAUGCUGUGAUCGCUUCAGGUGGGGUGUAAAACUUCAAGUUCCUCCCAGGGGGACAAAACCGUCUGUCCCACGUCAGUCACUGGGGACCUGUCCAUUCCUGCGAGCUAACGGUUGCUAAUCCUGACAUGGGUUUGACGCAGACUUUCUCUAACGUGUCCAAAGAGGAGUUUGAUAUUGGUCCACACGCACACCUAGGCAUCAAGAACUCCUGUUAUCAUGGUGACUCUUGAUACUUACUCCCUCUGUGGCCUUGGGCAAGUCAUUUGACCGCCUUGUGCCUCGGUUUCCCCACCUAUAAAAUGGGGAUGAUAAUACUUACCCAGCAGCAGAGGGCAUUGUGAGGAUUAAUGUUCAAAAAGCUCUAUAGAAGUGCUAGGUAUUAUUAUAUGACUGAGGGAAACUUUCCCCCACUCAUAACUGUUUCUGGGCUACCCCGCUCCAUUCCAUUUUUCUUUUCCCACUUGGGAUUCAAUUAUGAAAACAUUUUGGCCCAGGGUACAUUUUGUGUGUAUUACAGAUCUAUAUACAUGCCCAAGAAAGAUCUCUGUUUUCAAGGCAAACAUUUUUGUAGUCUCUCCCUUGUUACAUACGUCAGUUUUACCAUGUUGUGUAAUAUAUAUUCCUUGCUAGAGCCUUCUCCUGCUCUGCCCUGCAAAAGACAAAGAGCUUAGCUGUCUUGUUUUGAGUAAGCUCCUGCAGACGUACCUGUUGUACAGAGAAACCCUGAUUGUUUACAUGUUUGAUAAAGGCUUUUGCUCUCCAUUAUUGCUGUUUCUAGUAUUCUGAGUAAGUAAAAACCCCCAAUGUAUUGCAGCUUAUUCUAACUAUCUUAACGUGGCUGAUAGCGUUUUCAGACUGCAAUGCUGCUUUGAUUUCUUUAAAACUCUUUUGGGAUAGAUCUUGCUUUCAGCUAAAGAAAACCAAGGAGAAUGCUAUAGGUUUUAACUGUACAGGUUUGUUAAAAGCCCUUUGCCAGCACUGUUCAUUGGAAUCCCCCGCCCCUUUGUCUUUUAGCAGUGUUAUUUUUGUAAUGUACUUCUAAAUGCAAUGUUUGGGAGAGUUCAGAGACAUUGUUGCCAAAAGGGGAUUUUUAACUGCAGAUAGUUGCAAAUUUCAUAUUUAUGACUAUCAGGGUUAAUUGCACUGAAUUUCCCAACACCACUUUAAUUGUGAAAUAAAUAGUUAUUUUAAUCAGCAAAUCAAACCCCCACCACCUGCAAGCCGGUUGCGGAUUACUUAGCUCAUUAAAAUCAACCCCCUUGUUCUGUUCAGCUGAACCAAGUUAAGUUGGGAUGCUGCAUUCUUUCCACACCUAAACCUUGCUCCUGCCAAGGGGAGCUUGGAGUUUGAAAGGAACGCAGGAUCCAGGCACAGCCACUGAAGCAAUGGUCUCAGGCCGCAGAGAAAGUCACUUUUCCACAAUGAACUACUUUAAUGGUGAGUGUUGUACAAAGAAUUGCAGAUACUCUGUUAAGGUCAGUUUGAUGCAUUUUUAGUAGCAGCGUAAGGGCAAGGAAGAGUCCUAAAAAGAAAAGCUGCAACCCAGGCCUCGUCAAAACAUGGCAAUUAUUUUCCCCUGGAAAUUUUGCAAUUUUUCCUUAAAUUUCUCAUUAAUUUUUUUCGGAUUUUUGCUUAAAACCCGUAAACAGAUUUUUUUUUUUAUUUUCAUAAACCAAAACCCAUUUUUUCCUUCAAAACAAGCAAAAAAAAAUUUACCAAAAAAAAGUUGGAUUUGUUUUUUUGUCAAAAAAUGUUUUGGUGAAAAUCUUUGGACAGCUGUCCAGCACUGCAGCAGGUAACAUGAUGUGAACCUUGGCCUGAAGAGGGAGAUGCUGAUAAAUCCCAGCUCUCCGCUAUAAAUAACUGACCCCACCAGGCGUGUUAUUGGACAGGACUCAGUGUGCUGUUCUGCAAGUGUUUGCAGGUAACGAAAUGCAUCACGCGGACCGCACUUCCGGCCAGUUGUCUCCAUGCAGCUGGUGUGCCCUGUAGCAGGGCCCAGUGAAGUGCAACGACUGCACUGGAUUCAGCAAACUUGUCUGAUCCUCUCCUGGUCAGAGCUGUGUCUGAGAGAUCAUAGAAGCCACAUGCAGGGAACAGAGUGGUUUUUUUGAAAAGAUGCAGGUGGAAAAUAUUAAUGGAGAAAAGUGGCAUUCCUCUUUAUUGACUCUGCUGCUACUGACUGUGCACCAAUAUUCUGAGUCACUACAGUGUAUUUGCAGAACUCCUAGGCAGAGGCAGGUUUCAGAGUAGCAGCCGUGUUAGUCUGUAUUUGCAAAAAGAAAAGGAGGACUUGGGGCACCUUAGAGACUAACACAUUUAUUUGAGCAUAAACUUUCGUGAGCUACAGCUCACUUCAUCAGAUGCUUCCAGUGAAGUGAGCUGUAGCUCACGAAAGCUUAUGCUCAAAUAAAUGUGUUAGUCUCUAAGGUGCCCCAAGUCGCCCUUUUCUUUUUAGGCAGAGGUAGUUGUCUAGGGCUAGGAGAGGACCUAGCAGAAAUAUACAUGGGGACAUUAGAGCAUCACUACUGUUCAUUUGGGCAAUGAGUCUGGAUCUAGCCUCUGGAGCACGCACUUCUCCUUUUGAUCUGCAAAGCAAAGUCCUUCAAGGAGCUUUCUGCUCCUCUCCUUGCGUCUGGUGCCACUGUGUGGCACCUAAAGGAAGUACUUCCCCCUGCCUGCCGCUGAACUGGAAAUUGUCAGAACCCAGCACUAGUGAACUUAGGCCAUUCCUUCAGUACCUAAUGUAGUGAAAUCACCCAUACACUGAAAAUUGUUAGAUUCUGCUUUAAAAAAAAAAACUAGUUUUCAGUGGUCUAACAGCACCUGAACUUUCUCAGUGUGGAGAAGCAUAUGGUGAGCCCCCUCUGCACGACACCAGCCUCAUUCGCUGUAUGGAGAUGCCAAACAGUGACGGCUAAUUGCAAAAUCCUUCUGGAAAACUCACCAGUAUACUUAAUCCUAAAGUUCUGGUAGAUUGCUGCCUCUCUCCUAGCAGGGCAUAAUCCUUUGAACUUUGCUGUCUUUAAUAAACCUGAAAAGAACCCCCACCUCCAUUCUUUAAAAUCUGCCACUAGGAACAGAACUAUUUAAAAUCAGAUAUUUGAGUAAAAAAUGUCAGUCACUGCAGUGUGCUUUCCUGCCUUCCUCCCCAAUUAAAUCCCCCUGGUGUGAAGCAAACACUGAUUGUUUUAAUAGCAGAAAUUAACAGCCAGUAUCAAAUAACUGAUUUUUUCUGGUUAAAAGCCUAGACUUUAAAAAUAAGACUAAAUAUCCCACUGCACUUGAUUAAAGCCCUUUCUGCUGCUUGACUUCUGCAGUCUAUUUCUCAAAACUAACCUUGACUCUACUGCAGCACCUCCUGGGACUCGUAUAAGUUCUUGGCAUCUAUUUUUACAUGGGCUUUUACUGCCACCAAGCAAGGAAGAAUUAUUCAGUACAUUCAAUCAUAAACAAGCCUAAGAACUCAGUGUUGUGUGCACUAAAAACUUGCUGUCAGUUUUACAGUUUUUAAUGUUCUGUUCCUCUUAAUAAAUUUUUUUUAAAUGA